AUGCCCAGCAGAGUAGACGCUGACCGCGGAUCCAGCUCGAGCAUCACCGGGCUCAUCGGCGCCGAGAUGGUCAGCAGCAGGUGCAGCCGUCGCACGAGCAGCGGAUACAGCAGUGGCGCGCUCGUUUCGACCACCAAUGGGAAGACCGAUCACGUCCGGGUGCUCGAGGAUGCUCCAGAGCCACCGCAGGCGCUGGCGACAGAGACGCCGGUCAGAAGGGGGCCCAGCUCCUCCAAGAAUCCGUCGUUCGUGGAGGAGGCGGAGGGUCCGGCCGACUGGCUGCUCGUGCUGGCCAAGUGCACCGUGCCCGCCUUCUUCGUGGCGGCGUCAGGCGCUGUUGCCAUCCCGGUCAACAAAGCGCUGGGCGACGGCGAGGGCGCCGAGUUCUUCCGCAAGGCGAGGAGUCACCACGCGUCGGAGGAGUUUGCGGGCGGCGCGCUCAUCGUGACGUACGCGAUCGAGCUGUCGCAGGGGUACAUCACCAAGAAGGACGGCGCUCUGAGCAGGAAGCUGGCGCUCUGGCCGUAUGAGUUCAUCGACUCGGACGGCGACCCUGACAAUGCCGAGGCUGGCGACGCGAUCCCGUUCGCACUCGGCGCGUCUCUCUCUGCCUGCGGCUUCUUCGUGGACGGCGUCGUGCUUGCGUGCGAGCCGCCGCACCGCCCGCCGGACAAGCUUCUGUGAGGAGAGCGCGUCUCUUCACACCUGCACCUGUGAAUAGGUACGAGCCGACGGUUCGGCCGCCGGACAAGCUCUGCCGUUGCCGCUCGCUCUGGCGGAGGGUGCGCCCCGCCUUCACGUCCGUACUCACCUUCGUCAUGUCGAUCGACAACGCGGUCGACGGCUUCGGCAUGUACCAGAAGCUCGACCGGGCGGCGAUGCCGGCGUGGGGCUACUAUGCCUGCUUCGUGCUCUCGAUCUACCUCGGAGGCGCCCUCACCAUCCUCGUGCAGCGCGUGCCGAGCCAGGCGCUGCAGUCCUUCUGGUACGCCUUUGGCGCCUUCGCGAUUCUCGACGGCGGCCUCGAGCUCGCGAGUGAUGGCCUGUCCACAUUCGUGCUGAUCGGGUUCAUCUUUGUCUGGCUAAUGCUCUUCGCCGGCCAGGCGGCGGAGUGAGGCGGCGGAGGGAGCCGGCGCUGAGCUUGUCUAGGCUCAGAUCUCGACUCUCGAGACACUGCAUGUGCACCUCCCCUGUAGACCUCCCCGUUUUUAUCUUACGUUGAGGAUUGCGGUGUUUA